AUGAAGCUCUUCUACAUCAAGGCAGCACUGCUCAAUACAAUGCUACUCUCCUUUGUGGAUGAUGGGACCAUUUUGGCCCAAUCCAAACAACUCGAUGAUAAUAAUGUGGGCCUGUACACCUAUAAUCCCUCGCUGGAUUUGGGGUAUGCCCUGCACACCGGCACUUCGCCUUUGAAGCCCAAGACCUAUUGGAGGUACUUGGGUUUCUACUUUGACCACAGGCUCACGUUCCAUGAGCAUGUUCGCUACUAUGCCACCAAGGCAUUCACCACUGUGCAGGCCAUCGGUGCCUCCUCUAUAGAUUGUGUGGUUCCCAUUGCCACAUACGGUUAUUGUCUCUGGUACUUCAAUGGCGCCCGUAAUAAAGGUGCCAUGAACCAGCUAAAAUGGAUGCAGCGGAAAGCUGCUCUAUGGAUCAUGGGUGCAUUCCGCACCUCACCUACAGGCAGUCUUGAGGCUUUGGCAGGUCUCAUCCCCGUCCACCUUAUGCUGAAGAAGUUGGCAACGCGAGCAGUGUACCACGUCGCCACACUCUCGGACACUCACCCUCUCCGCUCUAUGAUGGGCGAGGGACUUCUCAAGCGGGCUGAACCCCAUGCCCGUUCUGCUGCUUUGAUGACCCCAGCUAUGCUGGGGAAAGUCAAGAGCACUGUCAUGGAGGUGGACGAACACAUCCACACCUUAACUGAGAGCUUCAAGCCCUUUGCGCCUGAAGCUCGCCCAGGUGAUCGGUUAUUGGACCGCUAUGCAGACCGUCUCCACUUUGACAAGCGCAAUCCUCCUCAGGAUAGGCACCCAUAUCUAGAUGAGCUCAUCGCUAAUGCAAGGGCUGACCCUCUUACAGCACUGGCAGCAACCAAUGGCUCUGUCCCUCAGUCCAACCAGUAUCAGGCCGCCUCGGCUGCCAUCAUCUACAAGGGACAUCGCGAGCUCGAGAGGACUCACUAUGUCUCUGGCAGAGUUACUGCCCCUGAUGCAGAACUCAAUGCCAUCACAUGUGCAGUGCACCUUGCUGUCAAGCAGGCAAACUGCCAACAUAUCAUGGUCUUUACUGACUCUAUGGGCUUGGCCCAUAAAGCAGUCGACCCAUCUGUGCACUCUGGUCAGGCUUUUAGCUUGUCGGUCUGCCGUGCUCUCCAAGAGUGGUUCGAGGCGGAUGAUCUCCGCUGCAUCACCUUCAUUUAUGUUCCAUCUGCUCUGCGGUGGGAUAUCCAUGGUGAAGCACAUAAGUACGUCACCAAACUCAAAGUCAGGGUUGGACGUUGCAAGAUGGACAAUUCUAUAGACGCGCUGCGCUCCCAAGCUGCGCACUCAGUCCUGGAUUCGUGGAGUUCCACUUUCCAGGAUCCAACCUACCGGGGCUCUGAGUUUUUAGAGCUUCAGUGGCCUGAUGGGCGGCCGAUCCAGCCAUCCUACCUCAAUGGGGGACCUUGGCUUUCAACCUUCAGACACAGUAUCACUGAGUUCACUCGCGUCUGCCAGUGUAUAACUGGCCAUGCGCCCAUUGGAGCGUACUACCAUCGCUUCAAGAUCAAUAAGCCUCACAGCUGCACUUGCGGGGCUGCUUUCCAGUCUCACCAGCACAUCCUCUUUUGCUGUUGUGAUAGAUAUUCUGUACACUAUCCCCAUUUUCUCAGGGAUAUUGCAUUGUUUAUGAAGUACAACCCUAAGGCGUUUGGCUUCAACCGUGACCCUUCGGGUGUUGGAUCAUUGCUGCGGGUGGGGUUAUUCCUCCUUUUGGAGGAUUUAUCAGUGAAUUGA